ACUAAGAUUCCAUAGUUACCGAACUCACAUACAAGAAGGCCCUAUUGCCUCCAAUCAACAAGCGGAAACCCUUGCCCUCCUCUUACCAAUUCUCAACCCUCAGCCUCAAAGGAAUCGCAUGUUACCAAGCUUUCUUGACAACCUUCUGGUACCUUACUCUAUUCGCGUCCUUAGUUUCGGAGGCCCGCAUGCGGGAUGGGUUGAGUUGGGGGCCGUUACAGAGCGGCUGACAGGGUGACCACAUCCCCGGUCUGUGAACCCAACGCAUGGAAAAGCAAAGAGAAUCCAGCUGACGAUGUCCGGACUGGAUUUCAUUUCGAUUUCUCUCCUCUUCUAAUCUGCAUUUCUUUUUCCUUAUUGCGAUGCGUAUGUCUUAAAUCUAUCUCGUCAACAUGCCGUUAGGACUUCUGCCGCAGGCCUUCUUCUUGAGCAUACCUGCUAUUUGGUCUGUUGCCUUUGUCAACACUGCUCAAGCUACAUGUUUUGCACCCUCCGGCACUGAAGCAAGCUUGGACUUCCAGCCUUGCCCCGAACUCGACUCUAUAUGUUGUGCGCUCAACCGAACGAACGCACCUGGCAAAGAUGUCAAAGAUGGGUUUACGAGAGACAUCUGCCUAUCUAGUGGGCUGUGUCUGAGUACAAUGGUGGAGAAUGGUGUCAACAAGACGUCCUAUUGGCGACCGUUCUGUACCGAAAAGGAUUGGAACAACAAUGAAUGUCUAAACGUUUGCACGACGGGAGCAUUUGUGGCAGAGCAUGGAAACACCAUGAUGACCCCAUGUGAUCGAAAUGCUGGGGCAAACUCAACAACAUGGUGCUGCGGCGACUCAAGGUCAUGUUGCGACUCCAAUCCCAUAACGAUAACACCAAACUUCGGCGAACCCCUACCAACUAGUUCUUCAUCGUCCUCCAUACCAUCUAGCACCUCGCAAGCCACCUCGACCCCUUCCUCGACCCCUACCUCGUCAGGCUCGCCAGAGAGCAGUAGCAGUAGUGGCCUCUCCACUGGAACAAAAGCGGGCAUAGGUGUUGGCGUUGCGGUUGGAGGGCUUGUCUUCCUCGCGCUCGGCUUCUUCAUAGCAAAAUCGAUGUAUUGGAAGAAAAGAGCAAAGGAUAAUGGAGUACCAGGAGGUGAACAGUACGACAGGGUCGCGAGCGUGCCAGAAGAUCCUACCAAAUUUUCAGGAUAUCCACAGCCGGGUUGGCCAAAUACGGUCGCAGCAUACCAUGGAAGCGAAUUGGGGCAAGAGAGCGCACGGUACGAAAUGCCAGGCAUGCCAGUACAGAAAGAUGCCCAGGAACUGCCAGCGAUGGAGGAAAACGCAUUACGAAAGUGAAUUAUCGCUAGAGAACUGUCUUUUAAACCUAUGAAAUAGCUCAUACCUGUCCAAAAUCCCAGAAACAUGGGGAAUUGUGUAAACAUGCCAAAUCUUCACUGUCUGAAGUUAGACUAGACUUGCGAAAAACGAACCCCUAACAAUCCAAGAAUACU